UCCAUGGAUCCAUGGGUUGUGUCCACUUGGUCGCGUCUUUCAUGACGCAAUAUAUGCGACUGCAAAGAGGUCAACAACGAACGAGUUGCCCACAGUUCACUUAUUAACCAAAAAUUAACAGUCUAGUAUCGCAUUCUACUAAAUUUCUACCACCGAAAGCUCGAAAACACAACAACGCCAAGAUGUCGUAUAUGUUGCCGCAUCUUCACAAUGGAUGGCAGGUUGAUCAAGCUAUUUUAUCGGAGGAAGACCGAGUUCUCGUGAUUCGUUUUGGUCACGACUGGGACCCCACUUGCAUGAAGAUGGAUGAGGUUCUUUACAGCAUCGCCGAAAAGGUGAAGAAUUUUGCAGUGAUCUACCUGGUCGACAUCACAGAAGUACCAGACUUUAACAAGAUGUACGAGUUGUAUGAUCCUUGCACUGUGAUGUUCUUUUUUAGGAACAAGCACAUCAUGAUAGAUCUAGGAACUGGAAACAACAACAAAAUCAACUGGACAAUGGAGGACAAGCAAGAAAUGAUAGACAUUGUAGAAACCGUUUACAGAGGAGCGAGAAAAGGAAGAGGUCUUGUGGUUUCUCCUAAAGAUUAUUCUACAAAAUACAGAUAUUGAUGUUUUUAUUUUAUAUUAUGAUGAAUGUUAUUGGUCAGUGUAAUGUUUGGAUAUGUAUACUUUUUUAUUUGAAAGACAUCAGAAGAUACUGCCAGCAAAAUGGACAAUUUACAACAGUGAUGUCUAAAUGUGGUCUUAAAAUUGCGUUUAACAAUAAAUGUGUUUCAUUUGCA